AUCAAACAAGCAAAAGAACAAUGGAAAGUGUAAGUAACAUUGGUUUCUCUUCAACAUUGAGAACUUCUUUGUACACAAAACUACUUUCAAAGCAGAGGAAACAAAAAUCGCCAUGCAGUUUUAUGAUUCCUCUCAACUACUCUAUUAGGAUGAACAAAAUUUGCUGUACACUAUCAGAAAGUGGGAUUGAAGAGAAUCCUACCAGCAAAAGGGUAUCUAAAUCUAAUGAUUUGAUGGAAGAAUACAAUAUAGCUAUGAAAAAGAUGAUGAGGAACCCUUAUGAGUAUCAUCACGAUCUGGGUAUGAAUUAUACAGUUAUAACUGACAAUUUGAUUGUGGGGUCCCAACCACAGAAACCUGAAGAUGUAGAUCACCUUAAGAAGGAAGAAGGUGUGGCAUAUAUUCUAAACUUGCAACAGGAUAAGGAUGCUGAGUUUUGGGGAAUAGACUUGCAGUCAAUAGUAAAAAAGUGUCGCGAACUUGAAAUUAGACACAUGAGGAGACCUGCAGUAGACUUUGAUCCAAACUCUUUGCGAAGUGCACUACCUAAAGCAGUGUCAUCCUUAGAAUGGGCAAUUUCUGAGGGAAAAGGAAGAGUUUAUGUGCAUUGUACUGCAGGACUUGGAAGAGCUCCAGCAGUGACAAUUGCUUAUUUGUUCUGGUUUUGUGACAUGAAUCUAAAUGAAGCCUAUGAUAUGCUAACUUCAAAGAGACCUUGUGGACCAAAUAAAAGAGCAAUACAAGGAGCAACUUAUGAUUUGGCUAAAAAUGAUCCAUGGAAGGAGCCAUUUGAGAGUCUUCCAGACCAUGCUUUUGGGGAUAUAGCAGAUUGGGAGAGGAACCUGAUUCAAAACCGUGUCCGUGCUCUUCGUGGAACCUGACGAAUUAGGUCAGUGCUUAUGGAGAUUCCUACACAAGUUGUUGUCCUUUUGCAGGAUUGGUAUGAGAUGCCAUAGUGCUCAAAACUUGAGAGACAUUUUCAAGCAUAUUUAUAUAGGUAUAUUGCCUGUAAAUGGUACGAAAUAUUCCAUAUAGUAUUGAUUGGCAAAUAAUAAAUCAACUUUGUGGCUUAUGUACCAUGAUUGUAGAAUGUAGAUUUAGUAAAUAAUAUCUGAGCAUUCCUCUUCCGUUGGAUCUAAAUUCUGUUCUAUACACAGCUUUGCUAGCUAUUUCAUGUCUCUAAUUCAAAGCUGACACAUUGUGUUGUGUUAAAAA